AUGCCAGACCCUUCAACCGAGCCACAACAAGAGCCACUUCUUUCAGAUGACAUACCAUCCAGGCCCUUCGAGUCUGUCUCCGCAGACUUUUUCACAGUCGCUGGGAAGGCCUUCUUGGUGAUAGCGGACAGACUGUCUGGAUGGCCUACUAUCAUUCCUUGUGGGACCGACACAUCUACGUCCAGAACCGUGAGGAUGUUUUGUCGCUACUUCCGCGAAGUUGGUGUCCCUGUCCGCCUCCGGACAGAUGGUGGGCCCCAGUUUUCCAGCUUGGAGUUCCAGUCUUUCAUGAAAUGCUGGGCUGUCCACCAUGUGAUAUCAACACCACAUUAUCCCCAGUCAAACGGCCAUGCUGAGGCUGCUGUUAAGUCUGCCAAGUACCUGAUUCUGAAGACAGCGCCCUCAGGUAACAUAGACACCGAGGAAUUUGACCGCGGCCUGCUGGAGCUACGGAACACGCCCACUGCUGCUGGAAGGUCACCCGCACAGGUGCUAUAUGGCCACCCCCUCCGUACGUGUGUCCCUGCUCACCCUGCAUCCUUCGCCCAGGAAUGGCAGGAGUGCACAGAAGAUUACGACCGUCGAGCUGCAGCCCGUGCUGGCCACGUGAAAAGCCAGUAUGAUAAACACGCACAGUCCACUUCCCAAGUUGAGUGUCGGCGAUCAUGUCGCAUCCAGAAUACAGACACCCACCGAUGGGACAAGGUUGGAGUCAUCAUGGGUUGCGGCCGUAACAGGGAUUACGAGGUGCGGCUCCCAAGUGGCCGAGUGUGGUGGCGAAAUCGUCGUUUCUUGCGCCCCAUCCCAGAUCCUAGUGUUGACCCCCUCUCCCACAUCCCUGUGGUCCCUUGCACGGACAAAACGUCCACAGAAUGGUCCCGCAAGCUGGAGAGACGACGGUCCAACUGUCGCCCUCUCCUGCUCUCUAGAGCCUUGCGGUCGGACCCACCGGUUGAUGACGCCUCAAACUUCGUCCAGUGCAGUGCAGUGACUGAUUUAACUAUCAACUACUCCCAGUGCAGUGUAAAGUGGCAGUUGCCUGGGUACCCCUAUACCCCUACCCCAUUCAUGACGACGAGCGACAUCCUCCCACUUCGAUGGUCAGCUCGCUACUGA